AUGAAGGCGAACGCUGAUGCUAGUAAGGAUCCGGCUUUGGAGGACAUGGCGAAGUACUUGGGGAUCCCUGAGGAAGUGCUUGAUUCGGCUGAAGCCAAAAGAGCUAGUUGUGACUUCCGUUCACCGUCGGAAGGUUUCACGAAGAUCGUCGUCAGCGCUCCGCGGGGAACCUUUGAAAAGGCGGAACGAGUCGUUCAAGAGAAUAAGUUGCUAGGAGAAAUCUGGACCGUUCUUAUGGGUUGGGCCAAACGGUAUUUCGAAGGCAAUGCGGACCAUAUUUGGCAAAAGCUGGUUGACCAUACAGGAAAGAAGCCUACGUUGGGUGGAGGUCGAAGUCGACGCCGACGGCAGCGGCGCGGACGUGGUGCGGUACGUUUCAACUGUUCUUCCUUCUACAAGGACGACGCUGAAGCUUUGGACGACUUUAAGUUCCGACAAGAGAAGGACGAAGAUGCGUCUCACUAUGCGAUUUCUGGACGGUAUUCGGAGCCCCUACAGCCGUAUGACAGUAAAGUUAGCUGCUCGUCUGGUCAUCAACUGCGCGUCCGUGGGAGUAUCGAUCUGCCCGUCCGAUUGGGAUCGAAAGCAGUCUCUGUGAAGCUGGUAGUAGCCGACAAACUACAUGUGAACGCUAUCCUGGUAGCCGACGCGUUAUGA